CGACCUCGAGCCAGCCUCGCGCGCCCCGUGCCGCCAGGCGCAGCGACCGUCUCGGCCCCCCUUGUCCCCUCCGCGUCGCCGCCGCGCCAUGCAGGAAAUCGACCGCAAACCCGCCACCACCACCGCCGUCGCCCCUCACCCUCCGCCCUUCUCGGGCCCUCCCGCGCCUUCGAGCACGUCAGCCGCGCUCGAUGCGACGUCGACCCUCUCGCUCAAGGCGGCCCCGGUCGAGACGGGCGGUGGACAAGGCGGCGCGGCCGAGCUCGAGCUGCUGCUCCUGUCGGGCAAGCGCAGGCGCGUCCAGGUGUCGAGGGCCGAGACGGUCGAGCAGCUCAUCGAGAGGGUGUGGAGCGACUGGCCGGCUGAGUGGCGUGCGUCGGAUCCGGCGCCGGCGAGCGCGAGCGACUUGAGACUGCUCCACCUCGGCCGCUUCCUCGAGCCCGAGUCGACCCUGUCCGCAGACGCCGGCCUCUUCUCACACGCGUUCGACCAGGACGACACGGCCAAAGACGCCCGCCCAACGGUCGUGCACCUCCAGAUCCGCACGCUGCGGCCGCCGGACGCCAAACCUGGAGGCAAGGUCAAGGCGGGCACGGCCGACGACGACGACGAGGCGUGCUGUGCGUGCUGCGUCGUCUCCUGAGUCCCUCUCUUUCCGUCCUUCCCCUCCCCUCGGCUCCCUCGCUUCUAUACCUCUCUCUCUCGUACGUCUCUGUGCAUGUCUGUAGCCGUGUCGCCGUCGUCUCUCUGCAGUAUGCCGUGCUGUUGUCCGAGCG